GAAGGGUGUGCCUGCUUGUUGUGAUGCUAUGACAAAGGAGGCAGCAAGUGUUUGACGCUAUAGCACAGCAACACACCCAGAACUGAGGUCACCUGAGCAGCAUAAAAGCAGAGGAGCUGCUCAGCAGCAGCAUCAAACCCCGGAGAACUCACCUGUACAUCAGGAUGAAGCUGAUCUUCUCUCUGUGUCUCAUCUAUGCGCUCUGCAGCUCAGCUGCUGCUCUUCAGUGUGACGCCUGUGCAGAUCAGACAUGUUCAACCACAGUCAGUAAGACGUGCAGCUCAGAGACCAUGUGUAUUACAGCUUCCAUCAGAGCCACUUCAUCUCAAGGUUCAGGAGCAUUAAUCUACAAGGACUGUGCUGCUGCUUCUCUUUGUCCAACCACUGGAGCUGCAACCUUUUCCGCCGCCUUGACUUUUUCCAGUGCGAUUGCAUCAGCUCAGUGCUGCAACACGGCCAACUGCAACUCCCAGACCCUGACAUUUCCGGACCCUCCGUCUGCUAACGGCCGGACGUGUCCCGUCUGUGACCCGACCACCUCUCAGUGCAGCUCUACAGUUACAUGUUCAGGAGACCAGACCAGCUGCUUCCAAGCAACCAUGACAAACGGCUCAGCAACAUAUCCAGUUGUGGGCUGCGUGUCUCCAAACACAUGUGCAGCUGCAGCGAGCCUGAAUAACCUGCCUUUCAUGAAGAGCGUUGGUAACAUCGUCACUGGACCGACCUGCAGCGCCGCAGCCAUCAUCACAACUGUUCAACCAACCAUCUCUACCACACAAGAAACAACAACUACUGCCACAUCAACUUCUACAACCUCUGAAACAACAACCGCUGCCGUUUUCACCUCUAUAUCCUCAACUGCUAUCACACCAACCUCCACAAGUUCCGCAUCCUCAACGACUGCCGCGUCAACUGCCCCAACUUCUGAAACCACUACUAAUGGUGCAUCAACCUCUGAAACCACAACUGCACCUGCAUCUACAUUAACACAAAUUGAGACUACAACUGCUGGCGUGUCAACCUCUACCAACUCUGAAACAACAUCUACCACCUCAACCUCUGAAGGCACUACUUCUGCUGUAUCAACCUCCACAGCCUUUGAAAGCACAUCUGCUGCUGCAUCAAUAUCCACAACCUCUGGAACCACAACUGCUGCUGCAUCAAUCUCCACAACCUCUGGAACCACAACUGCUGCUGCAUCAAUCUCCACAACCUCUGGAACCACAACUGCUGCUGCACCAACCUCUGAAUCCACAACUGCUGCUGUAUUAACCUCUGAAUCCACAACUGCUGCUGCUGCAUCAACCUCUGAGACCACAACUGCUGCUGCAUCAACCUCUGAAUCCACAACUGCUGCUGUAUCAACCUCUGAAACCACAACUGCUGCUGCAUCAACCUCUGAAUCUACAACUGCUGCUGCACCAACCGCUGAAUCCACAACUGCUGCUGCAUCAACCUCUGAAACUACAACUGCUGCUGCAUCAACCUCUGAAUCUACAACUGCUGCUUUAUCAACCUCUGAGACCACAACUGCUGCUGCAUCAAUCUCCAGAACCUCUGAAUCCACAACUGCUGCUGCUGCAUCAACCUCUGAAACCACAACUGCUGCUGCACCAACCUCUGAAUCCACAACUGCUGCCGUAUCAACCUCUGAGACCACAACUGCUGCUGUAUCAACCUCUGAAACCACAACUGCUGCUGCAUCAAUCUCCACAACCUCAACUGCUGCCGUAUCAACCUCUGGAACCACAACUGCUGCUGCACCAACCUCUGAAUCCACAACUGCUGCCGUAUCAACCUCUGAGACCACAACUGCUGCUGUAUCAACCUCUGAAACCACAACUGCUGCUGCAUCAAUCUCCACAACCUCAACUGCUGCCGCAUCAACCUCUGGAACCACAACUGCUGCUGCACCAACCUCUGAAUCCACAACUGCUGCCGUAUCAACCUCUGAGACCACAACUGCUGCUGUAUCAACCUCUGAAACCACAACUGCUGCUGCAUCAAUCUCCACAACCUCAACUGCUGCCGUAUCAACCUCUGGAACCACAACUGCUGCUGCACCAACCUCUGAAUCCACAACUGCUGCCGUAUCAACCUCUGAAGCUACAACUGCUGCUGCAUCAACCUCUGAAACCACGUCUGCUGCUGCAUCAAUCUCCACAACCUCUGGAACCACAACUGCUGCUGCACCAACCUCUGAAUCCACAACUGCUGCCGUAUCAACCUCUGAAACUACAACUGCUGCUGCAUCAACCUCUGAAUCUACAACUGCUGCCGUAUCAACCUCAACCAACAUUGAAACCACAACUGCUGCUGCACUAACCUCUGAAUCCACAACUGUUGCUUUAUUAACCUCUGCAGUCUCUGAAACCCCAAUUUCUGGUGCAUCAACCUCCACAGCCUCUGAAUCUACAACCUCCGCAACCUCUGAAUCUACAACUGCUGCUAUAUCAACCUCCACAACAUCUGAAACCACGUCUGCGGUUAUGUCCACCCCCACAGUCUCUUCAGCUUCAACAGCAGCUGCGUCAACCUACAAAACUUCCACAUCUUCAACUGCUGCCACAGCCACAUUUACAACCUCUGCGCCCUCAACUGAAACCUCAUCCACCUCCAUCAACCUUACACCCUUAACAGCUCCCUCAUCCAGCUCCACCACCUCUGCACCAGCGACUGCUGCCUCAUCCAGCUCCACCACCCCUGCACCAGCAACAGCUGCCUCGUCCAGCUCCACCACCCCUGCACCAGCGACGGCUGCCUCGUCCAGCUCCACCACCCCUGCACCAGCGACGGCUGCCUCAUCCAGCUCCACCACCCCUGCACCAGCGACUGCUGCCUCAUCCGGGUCCACCACCCCUGCACCAGCGACGGCUGCCUCAUCCGGGUCCACCACCCCUGCACAAAAGGCAGAUGGAGCACCAACUGUACCUGUAGCAACAGGUGGAGCAGCUACAACUGUUUCACCAUCUGUAACCAAUGGUGCAUCUGGUUCCAUGACUGUUUCUUCAUCUGUUACUAACGGUGCAGCAGGAGCUGGAACAACCCAGUCAACCACAGUGUCAACAACCAGCAGUUCUGGAGUUUCUGUCCAAAUGUGUCUUUUCAACCUCCUGCUUGGUCUUCUUGUCUUCAUGUUGUAACUGAUGAUGGAUGUUUUAGGGAUCUUACUUUUGUUGGGAAAGUUUAAUUUCUUUCUCAUAUUUAAGUAAACCAUUAGCAUGGCUAACAAUGUAAAUACAGAAAUAUGAAAAAAAGUCAUGGUAUUAACUUCAACUUUGAAAACUAUUUAUGAUAUUACUACAAUUAUUAUUUAUCAUACAUAUUUAUUGUUUAUUGUUGGUACGAAGUGUUAUUUACUAUUUAUUGUUUAAAACUUAAGCAACUUAUUUUUCUAAAUCCAUUAUUUAAUAUUUAUUUGUUUGUGUUUCACGAGAUUAUUUGUUGUCUUUUUAACCAGUUCUAAUAAAGUGUUAUGUUUAAAAUUAGAAUAUGUUUGAUCUUUUUCUAUCGCCUGAAUUGAGGUUUUGGUGACGUAAGACAAACAUGAAUUUCUGAACAGGUGUUUCCAUAUUCAGCAGGUCCAUCACCGCCUCACUCAUUCCUCUGCGUUGUGUUAAUCAGGAAGGGUUGUGUCGCGGUCUUUUAUUCAGGAGAAGAGUGAGCUCAACAAAAUGAAGAAAUAAAUUGUCAGAUUAACAAUAUUUAAUAGAGUUUCACGUUCAACAAUUUGGGUUAAGCCGAGAAUUACAUUUUUUUUUAUACUUUAUUUUUAUUAUUUUUUGUUACAUAAACACAAAACACAAACCAAAAUCAAAAUAAAGGUCGAUUCUAGGUGCUUCACAGAUCUCUGUUGUACAGUGUCCAUUUUUUCCACUUUCUGUGUAAUUGUGCCUCUUGCAGUUUCAAUCUGUGUGAUAUUGUUUCCGUUGAGUAGAUGUUGUUGAUUGUUGAUAUCCAUUGGUCCUUAGACGGGAUCGUCUUGGUGCCCCAAUUCCUGGUUAAUGUUUUUUUGGCGGCUAGUAACAUAAUUUUAAAUAAAUAUUUGUCACUUUGGUGGAUUGAGUUUCCUGAGAACAUGUACAGAUAAAAUAGUUCUGGUACCAACGGAAUUGUAUAUCCAAGCACUUUGCAUAUUAUAUCACCCACCAUCCUCCAAAAACCUGUUACAUUCGGACACUUCCAGAAUACAAGUGAAUGGUCAACAUUUAUUUCUCCACAUCCACGCCAACAGCUUUGAUUUGUUUUUAACUGUUUGUUCUUCAG